AUGUGCCCCACUAUCUUUCUUUUUGUAUGUGAAAAAUUUCAUCGAGAACAAGAGACGGUCUCGAAGGUGAUUCCGGUCGUUUGGUUGAGUGGAGAGCUGUGCCCUGUGUCCUGGUCGAUGUCUGCUACAGGUUCUGCUGCUGGUGCUGCUGGUGCUGCUGUGAUGAAGCCGGAGAGUGUGCCCGGUUCGGACGCUUACCGGCACUUGAAGCUGAACCCGGAUGAGGAGUUGCUGAGGGAGGAUAUCGGGUACUUGUAUCCUCGCUCAAGCGGUAGUGGUGAGCGCCCGCCCAAGUCUGCACUGCUGGAUAAGGCGCUGAAGAAGAAUUAUCCAUAUUUGUCGCUGAAACCUUGCGUGUCGUUCAACACUGUGCCGCUGACGUCGUCGAGGGAUAAGCUCCUCGAGAAACACUACGAGGGGUACGAUUUCCCCGGGGUGCAGAUGCCGAAUCCGAGCGCACUGGUCCCCGAUGCGUUCACUAUGGACGAGUGGUAUGACAACGAGUGCGGGUCCAUCUCGGAGAGCUCCGUUGGCACGCAGUACCCUCACCGGCAUCCGCAACAGACGAGGAAGUCCCGCUUGCCCGGUUCUCCGCCAAGUAAACACACGGCACUUUCCCCGCAGGCGUUGCAGAAGAUGUUCAAGAUUGCAGAGAACGGGAAGAUUGUGAGAGAAGACUAUCCGAGCAGACCCUCGAUCGUGAGCGACUGUCUCGUCGUCAACAGGGCGUACGGGGACUGGCACGAGCUGUGGUUGAAGAAAAAACUGCUCAUCGAGGACAAAGUGGACCACAGAGAUACCGUGUUUACGUACCCUCAGAUCCUCUCGCCACCUCCGCCAAAGAGGGACCCACUAGAUUCGAAAUCACUCAAUAUGGACGGGUACACGCCCCUGACAAAGGAGCAGAAGCGGAAACUGAAGAUCAUGUCCGAGAAGACAGGGUACGCGGUGACCCCACGGUCGAUCCUGUGCCACAUCAGCGGGCGAAAACAUACGUGGGUCGCGCUAGACUACACGAUCGAUGCGUUGGCGAAAGACACGGAUCACAUUAUAGUAGUCGCUAAUCUCCCCAAGUUCAGAAUCAGACGCAGAAGUGAAAAGAGCAAGGGGAAUAAAUCCGAAUCCCGUUCGAGCUCGCGUUCAAGAUCCCGCGGGAGGUCCCUUGUGCGGACUAGAUCUGUCGGUGGUUCGGAUCAUGAGGAGGACAACGCCGCCGAUGAUGACUUAUUGCAGAGGACAAAAUCUUUGGAUGUGCACAACAUCGACGAAUUGGAGGAGGAGCUACUUGAGGAGUGGACUUCCGGCUACGACAAGAACACGAUCAUUGAGAAAAUGAAUGACUUGCUCUUUUACAUCUUUGUCUUGCUCUCGAAGAGCAAGAAAUCUAUCAAGGUCACUGUGGAGAUUGUCAUCGGGAAGUCGCGGGACGUCUUGCAGGAUAUGUACAACGUCUACACUCCGGACCUCUUUGUUCUGUCAAAGAAGGGACCCUCCUCUCAGAUUGAGUGGAAGUCGAAACUAUUGGUCGACAAUUUCGUUACUACGGCACCUACCCCAGUAAUUGUCGUAGCUGCGAAGGCGAUGUCUCAGUUUGAACUGAAGGUACAAGCACAGUUUUUGGCUGCUUCCACAGUGAACGAGGAUGCACCGCUGAAGGGUAAAUUCUCGCUAGCAUCUCUGGACCGGGUCGUGAACAAAUCGAUCGUCGAGAGUCAACCACUGAUUGCGGAUAGACCAAAGGCAAAAGUCAGAAAGUCGAUGAUCGAGGUGGCAUUGUCGCACUCGAAACAGCACUCGCACUCGAGCUCCCCCUCGCUAUCGCAGACAAGGGCGAGCAUGUCCCCGCUACGCAAUACACUCCCCACCAAACACUUCGUCGAGGCGGGCCACUCAUCGCGUACGUUAUCGUCGCAGAUGAGCCCGACUCCGAGCAUCGAUGCGAGUUUCGGAUCAUCGCUGAGCCCAGUACGCUCGGGCUCAGGGUCAAGACAGACUUCCCCGCGCGGGGAACACGCCCGUUCGGGCAAGAGAUCUGGCGGGACUGCACUACGGAAAGUGAGGUCCAACGAGACGGACGACCGUGGGUCUUCUGAAAACCAGCCAGGAUUCUUCUCUGCGCUGUGGAAGACCUCUUCCACGAAACCCACAAGCACGCGGUGGUGGGGAUAA